AUGGGAACUGAUAGUAGAGUUGAAGUUAAACCUCUUUCAAGGCAUGAAGGCUUUUCAUCAUCAUCUUCUCCUCGGAACCGAAACCUUGAAAAUUCCGAACUCAUCGAGUCAUUGAGGCCUUUAAAUGUUCCGCCGACUAGUUCGAAUGAGCAGUCCUCGGAUGAUGACAAGCAUGCAGAACAAGCACCGGCAGGGAGCGUACGGACUCGGAUACCGUCGUCCAUUUUCGGUACUCAACCUGGAACACCAAUGGAAUGGAGCAUUGCUUCAAACGAAUCAUUGUUCAGCAUUCAUACCGGGAAUAACAGCCUCUCGAAGGAGCAAUUUCUUUCGUUGUAUAAAUCCGGAGAGUUAACCAAGUUAGACGAGCAGAUCAUUGCCCAAGGUGGCGUGAUGCCUUCACUGAAAGAACUAGAAAAGAUGGCGGCUGCGGAGGAAAAUGCAGGCAAAGGUUGUUCGGGAGCUGAAGAAACGCCGACGACGGUUGUCGAAACAAGUGAAGUUGUAGAGGAUGAUGAUGAUCACAACAAAAGUGGCAUUGACGGCAGCAUCUCUGGUCUUUCUGAUGAGAGCACUUUUUCCUUUGCAUUCCGUGUACGAUAA